UCUGUCCUUGUUGCCCCGCUCUCAUUGCUGCAAGUGAGAGUGGGACAGUUGAGAAUGGAAGGUGUUUUCAAACGCGGACUCAUCUUCCGUCCUUCGUCGCGUUGCUGAUCGCGUUGCUUUGUUGGGUCUGCUGUGAACUGCUUGCUGCAGACUGAUAUCGGUACUGGUAAUAUCCAACCAAUGAGGGGAUCAGUACGCGAUUAAUAUCUCCAUAUUAGAGUGCUUCCCUGAUGUCAGUCCUAUCUAAAAAAUAUUCCCUCACCCUUUCACAGUUCCCUAAGAGGGUGUGAGGAGACAGCCUACAUCAACGAACUACUGGUUGUGACUCUUGUAAUGGACAAUAUGUUCCUACCAUAUCAGCAACCAAAUGGGGUACCCCAAGAAUCGAAGCUUGCCACUUACAUGAAAAGAUCCUCCCCAUCUGUUAAUUCUCUGUCCAAUAAUUUGAAUACUUUGAGUUUAGACCAUACAGCCCAAUUUCAAAAGGUUCUUGCUCAAUCAACAGAGUUUGUGCCAAGCAAUUUGGCAAACAACUCUAGUUCCAAUUCCAGUCCAAAUUUUCACUUAGGAAAUUCUUAUGCGUCUCCGGUACGUAGUCCAGCCAAUGCACAAACCUUAGCAGGAUCACCAUUGAGUCAUGCUGCAUCACAAUCCCCUCCCCCUAAAAUUUUGCAUCCAACACCAGUUCAGCCAGCAGCUUCCACUUACCAAGAAAAUGUCGGUGGAACCACUUAUUUUUAUCCUACUUCACUUGCAUCAAGUGGAAGCACUGCUGAUGCUGGACAAGUCAGUGCUUCUCCUCUUCCUGAUACAGCUAAUGCUGUAUCAUCCCCCAAUUACUAUAUGUAUCCUGGAACACCAAGUCAUUUAACUCCUAUUUCAACAUCUCCUGUAUCUUCUCCUGGUCCUGGGAAGAAACUUCCUGCAGCUGCAUCAAGUAGCUUUUAUGUUGCUGAUAAAUUGCGUCAAGAAAUUGCGCUCCGGAACACACUUGUAAUGGCUGUCGCUGAAGCAGAUCAAAAUGCAGAUUUACCUGCUUUAGUUGACAAUUAUCAUGAGCUGUGUCCAUUAGAGCCAGCAACAAGUGGCACUCCCAAAGUGAACAUCAUGGGAUAUCAAACAACUUCCUAUAAAGCCACUCACACUAAAACUGGAGUACGUUAUUGCCUAAGAAGAAUUCAUGGUUUCAGGCUGCCAAGCACAAAAUGUAUGACUGUUGUAGAUGCGUGGAAACGUCUACAACACUCCAACAUUGUACAGCUCAGAGAAGUUUUUACAACUAAAGCAUUUAAUGAUCACUCAAUGAUAUUUGUUUAUGACUAUCAUCCUGGUUCUGAGACCCUUUUAGCAAAACAUUUUUCCCCAACUGGUUCAGAUGCACCCAAUGGUUAUUCUGAUGCUUUUUCAAAUGAUCCGAACGCACCUCGCCCGUACAGCCAUCAGAAAAACACAAUGUUAAGAGCUCAACAUAGUUCCCUUCUACCAGAAGCUGCUAUAUGGAACUUUAUUAUUCAAGUCACAGCUGCUCUCAGGGUAAUUCAUGCAGCAGGUUUAGCAUGCCGUGCACUUGAUCCUACAAAAAUUAUUCUUACUGCCCGCUCAAGACUGCGUUUAAGUUGUGCUGGUGUAAUGGAUGUGCUUACUUUUGAUGCCAAUGUCACAAAUCCUCAAGCUCACAUACCACAUUAUCAGCAAGAAGAUUUGUGUGCCUUGGGAAAGCUAGUUUUAGCCUUGGCUUGUAAAUCUCUCAUAUCUGUACAACCUGAAAAUCUCAAGACAUCCCUUGAUUUGGUUGGCCGAACUUAUUCAAGUGACUUACGGAACCUGAUUGUAUACCUGCUGACAACUCAGCAAAGGCGUUCACUCACAGAUCUCAUGCCAAUGAUUGGAGCCAGAUUUUACACCCAGUUAGAUACAUUGCAAAUCAGAGGAGAUGUGCUUGAAAAUGAAUUGGCAAAGGAAAUGGAGAACGGACGUCUUUGCAGACUAAUGGUGAAGUUGGGCACAAUUAAUGAGAGACCUGAGUUAAAUCUGGAUCCUUCAUGGGCAGAAACUGGUGAUCGUUACAUGUUGAAGCUAUUCAGAGACUAUGUGUUUCAUCAAGUAAGUGAAGAUGGAAGACCCUGGUUGGAUAUGGCACAUAUUGUCACCUGCUUAAAUAAACUAGAUGCUGGUGUCAAUGAAAAGAUCUGCUUGAUGUCCCAUGAUGAGCAGAGUGUUCUGGUGGUUAGUUAUGCAGAGCUCAAACAGUGUCUGGAAACAUCUUUUGAGGAAGUUUUCAGUGCUUCAGUGAAGGCAGACUCUCGCUCAUAACAUUUCAUAACUAAGUCAGAAUUGAGAAUGACAUUCAGUAUUUUAGACACUUAUCACAAUCCGUUUGUAGCCCAGAAUGUGGCAGGGGAUCUGUGCAGCUCCGCCCAAAGACAUAGUACAAAAUCUGAGAUAUUUAUUGAAUCCUAUCUCAAAAGCUGAGAUCAUAAAUAAGUGAAUUUCUCUUAAUACCAAUUAUUUGCUGUUAAGAGGCAGAUCCGUUUCUGUCAGCACAGCAGUUACCACAGUUAGAUUUGUCUCUAUUAAAUUUACGUUCUUGAGUCUGGAUUGACAUGACAUUAUUUAUUUUGUAACCAGUGGUGCAAUAAUGUUUGUGAAUAAGAGAAGUUGUGAUGGUGUAGGGGUUUGAUAGCAGUCUUUUGCUGCUGAAUUCCUAUUGAAAUAUUUCAGAGCUGUGUUAUGAUUGUUGCAGACAUUUGUUUUUGUUGAACAUGAAUUAUUUUUGACAGGGCACUAUCUUUAAAAGAACUAGUCUGUUGUAAAGUGUCCUUUGAGUCCUGUAUUUUGGAUUUAAAUGGCUUUUUGUGUCCUCCCAUUUUUGAAAUUGCGCCACUGUAUGUUAUCCAGAGGUAAGAGCAAUCUUGUUUACCUGCCAUUUUCACCUUUUCUUUCUGGAAAUAUUGGCUGUUGAGUCAUGAAGCCCAUUUAUACAUUCUUAUUGGAUCUCGACAAAGCGCUGUCCUCAGCAAUAAGUAUAUCUUUUUGUACGCUGGUUUUUGAUGUGCAUUUACAUUUUAUUUUGGUACUAUAGAGUUGCAAGGAAUCAUCCUUGACUGAAUCUGCAUAUGAAAGGCCUUUCUACAAUAUUUUGCUUUUUAUUACUGUUGUAGGGAUUUUGAUUCUAAAUAUCAAUUUUGUAAGUUAUUUUUUAUUCCAUGGCUGUUCGUAUUGGUGUCUGUGUCAUGACAGCAAGACUUUUUUUUCUCUCUUUUUAAUCUGUGAAUCAGAUCUGUCAAGGUACAAAGAUGUUUUUAAGAAUAAAGUUUAUAAAAGUUUUAAUAUUGAAUUUAGGGUCAUGUUUCCACAUGCCAUAAUGUUAAAACAUGACUAAAUUAUUGGGAAUUCCACAUUAUUUUUGUUGCAACAAACUUCUGCUUGUGAAAAUUAAAUUUUAAUUUUGUUUGGUUAUGAUGAAAUAAAAUUAUGUUUGCAGUAGCAAUCAAAACUAUUAUUUUGCAAAGAAUUUUUCAUACAAGUAACAAAUAAAUAAUUCAGUUAAUAGUGGAUGUAAAACCUCAGGUGUUACUGUAGAUGAUAGUGUAUAUAGGGAAUAAUGAACUUUGUUUGCACACUUCUUGUGAUUUUGUGCUCAUCAGACUCAUGCAGGCUUAGGUUGCAGCACCUAGUUGGAGGUGAAAACUGUGGAAUCUCUGAGUAAAGUCCAAUACAUUUCUUAUGAUUUGUCAGAUGCACAGUACUUAACAAUGUUUGUAACAGAAAUUAUGAUUGCUUUUGUGUGAUGUGAUAUUUGAACUCUUAGUCAUAUAAGGGUUCGUCAUGAAAUAGUCAGUCCGUCGUUGUCCAUGCAGAUUAUAUGAAUUACCUAAUUGCAUGUUGGGGCUGGUAAGGUCUUGAGAUGUUGCUCCCUUGCAAGGAAUUGAGGAAUUGUGCUGUUGAGAUCUAGAAUGGUUUUCACUGCGACCUUAUUGUGAUAUCUGUUUGAGAAAAAUACCUGUCAAUUAAGUGAGCUAUUUUUAAUAAAGAAAAUGGAAAGUCCUUUGGAAAAUAAGAA